CAAGAACUCAUUAUUAGAACUACGUCGUGGUAACCUUAUCUUCUCUCUCUACGGAACACACACCGUGUCGUUCUAGCGUUCUCAUCCUCCAUCCGCUUGCUCCUGCUCCCUCGAGUCAAAGCAGUGGAUAUGGUGGCGCGAGCAGCGAGCUAGGGAGGCUAGGUAGCAGACUAGUGUCGCUAUUAAUCGUACCACGCCGCCGCCGGGAAAUUGCCCUUCUCCGCCACUGCCACUGAAGCUAUACUGUCGCAGAGAGAGCGCCCCACCACCCGCGGACCAGACAUCUGCGAUGACCACUCUGGCGACGGACACGGCGGCGUGGACACGGGAGGAGGACAAGGCGUUCGAGAACGCGGUGGCAGCCUCCGCGGCGCCGCCGGCCGACGGGCCGCCUGAUGAUGGCUGGUUCACGGCGCUGGUGGCGAGCGUGCCGGCGCGAACGGCGGAGGAGGUGCGGCGGCACUACGAGGCGCUGGUGGAGGACGUGGCCGCUAUCGAGGCCGGCCGCAUCCCGCUCCCGCGCUACGCUGGGGAGGAGUCGUCCGCGGCGACGCCCGAGGGCUCCGGUGCCGCCGGCCCCUCCACGCCCAAGGACGGAGGAGGAGGGAGCGGGCACCGACGCGAAGAACGGAAGGGCGGCGUCGGCGCUGACGCGGGGAAGAGUUGCUCUAAGGCCGAGCAGGAGCGGCGCAAGGGCGUGCCGUGGACGGAAGAGGAGCACAGGUUGUUCUUGUUGGGUCUGGACAAGUUCGGCAAGGGCGACUGGCGGAGCAUCUCGCGCAACUUCGUCAUCUCGCGGACGCCGACGCAGGUGGCGAGCCACGCGCAGAAAUACUUCAUCCGCCUCAACUCGAUGAACCGGGACAGGCGCCGCUCCAGCAUCCACGACAUCACCAGCGUGACCGCCGGCGAGGUGGCCACGGCCGGCGCGCCCAUCACGGGCGGCGGCCCGACCGCGGCGGGGGCGAUGCCGAUGGGGCCGGGCGGCAUGAAGCACCACCACCCGGUUCCGCCGAUGGGCAUGUACGGGCACGCGCCCAUGGGCCACCCGGUCGCCGGGCACAUGGUGGCGCCGGCGGCCGUCGGCACGCCGGUCAUGUUCCCGCCGGGCCAUCACUCGCCCUAUGUCCUGCCGGUGGGAUACCCGGCGCCACCGACCAAGAUGCACCAGUGAUCGUCUACGACCGGCAUUUGCGCAGCUGCGCAGCUGCAUCCCUUUGCUCGUUCUUUCUUGAUUUCGUUGAUGAUCUUGUGUAGCCAAAGCUAUCUAUCCAUCCUUUCCUCAUCUCCCGGGUCUUUGUUUUUUGACGUAACAUAUAGAUGACUUGAGCGAGUGCAGGGCAGGCAGGCGAAUAAUGAGUAUCGCUACUUACAGGCUUAAGGAAUGUGUAAUUAGUAGCAGCCUUCCUGGGUGCAAAUAUUCAUCAUUUGUGCAACUGGGGACUGACAGAAUCCCAUUUCCCGGAUGUAAAUCGAUUGUCUAUAAUAUCUCAUCUGUGCGAAAUAUGUGUUCAUCA